UAUGGACAACGAAAUGACGUACAUGCGUGAAAGUAUUCGAUCCGUUUUUGGCAUACUUUAGAAGUAUAUCGUAAAGCACAACAAAAAAAAAACGUAGUUAUAUUUAAAAAGUAUUCCAAGUUUGUUCAGAACGCCUAUAAGUGCAUAAGUAAAUGACGGAAAGUGUUGACAUUUAAUGUGCGGCUGUGCUGUAAGGUACGCCAUUGUUAUCUGAAACGAAGUUUGUGAUCGAAGUGAAAUACGAGUAGCACGCACCACCACAGAUGGAACUUUUGCUUGUGAUUUAUGCAAGCGUCUUUGGUGUACAACUGCUUGUAGUGAAUACCCGAAUCUGAAGUUAAUAUAAACGUUGAAUUUUGUGUCGUACAUUCGCUCAAACGAAAAAAAGGAUCCAUUGUCUGACAUAGAAAUUCGUCGAAUUCAUUUGUAUGCAAAAAUGAACGAUAUUCCUCAACUGUCUUCAGUCGGUUUACUUGAGCUUGCUCAUCGAGAAUAUCAAGCUGGUGAUUAUGAAAAUGCAGAAAGGCACUGCAUGCAACUAUGGAGACAGGACCAAACAAAUACUGGGGUGUUGUUACUAUUAUCAAGCAUACAUUUUCAGUGUCGACGCCUUGACAAAUCUGCACAUUUUAGUACACUAGCAAUUAAGCAGAAUCCAUUGUUGGCAGAAGCAUACAGCAAUUUGGGAAAUGUCUAUAAAGAAAGAGGACAAUUACAAGAAGCUCUUGAUAACUAUCGGCAUGCGGUGCGACUUAAGCCUGAUUUUAUUGAUGGUUAUAUCAACUUGGCAGCAGCUCUGGUUGCGGCAGGUGACAUGGAACAAGCCGUUCAGGCAUACAUUACGGCUUUGCAGUACAACCCAGAUCUCUACUGCGUUCGUAGUGAUUUGGGUAAUCUUCUAAAAGCGUUAGGUCGUUUAGAUGAGGCCAAGGCAUGUUAUUUGAAAGCUAUAGAAACUCGCCCUGAUUUUGCGGUGGCUUGGAGUAAUCUUGGAUGCGUUUUCAACGCUCAGGGCGAAAUAUGGCUUGCAAUUCAUCAUUUUGAAAAAGCGGUUGGAUUGGAUCCAAAUUUUUUGGAUGCUUACAUCAAUCUUGGAAAUGUAUUAAAGGAAGCCAGAAUAUUUGAUAGAGCGGUAGCGGCGUAUCUACGAGCAUUAAAUUUAUCACCCAACAAUGCAGUUGUCCAUGGAAAUUUGGCUUGCGUCUACUACGAACAGGGUCUUAUUGAUCUUGCAAUUGAUACAUACAGAAGAGCCAUUGAAUUACAACCAAAUUUUCCAGAUGCAUAUUGCAAUUUGGCAAAUGCUCUUAAAGAAAAGGGACAAGUGGCCGAAGCCGAAGAGUGUUACAAUACCGCUUUACGUUUGUGUCCAUCGCAUGCUGACUCCCUUAAUAAUUUGGCGAAUAUCAAAAGGGAACAGGGCUACAUUGAAGAGGCUACUCGUCUUUAUCUUAAAGCUUUAGAAGUAUUUCCAGAAUUUGCCGCGGCACAUAGUAAUCUUGCUUCAGUAUUGCAACAACAGGGUAAAUUAAAUGAAGCACUUAUGCAUUAUAAGGAAGCAAUUCGCAUACAGCCAACCUUUGCUGAUGCUUACUCCAACAUGGGCAAUACGUUAAAGGAAAUGCAAGAUGUAUCAGGAGCUUUACAGUGCUAUACGAGGGCUAUUCAGAUUAAUCCAGCAUUUGCUGAUGCUCAUAGCAAUUUAGCUAGCAUUCAUAAAGAUUCUGGAAAUAUUCCUGAAGCUAUACAAUCUUAUAGAACAGCUCUAAAACUGAAACCCGAUUUUCCAGAUGCUUAUUGUAAUUUAGCUCACUGUUUACAAAUUGUUUGCGAUUGGACUGAUUACGAUACACGAAUGAAGAAAUUGGUUAAUAUUGUUGCUGAUCAAUUAGAGAAGAACCGACUUCCAUCGGUUCAUCCACAUCAUUCUAUGCUUUACCCACUGUCUCAUGAAUUUCGGAAAGCAAUAGCGGCUCGACAUGCUAAUUUGUGCUUGGAGAAAAUUCAUGUUUUACAUAAACAUCCUUAUAAAUUUAAUAUGGAAUUGAAAGGGCGUUUAAAAAUUGGUUAUGUUAGUAGCGACUUUGGAAAUCAUCCCACCUCACACUUAAUGCAGUCAGUGCCAGGCCUUCACGAACGAAAUCGUGUUGAAGUAUUUUGUUAUGCAUUAAGUCAAGACGAUGGUACAACUUUUAGAGGAAAAAUUUCACGUGAAGCAGAGCAUUUUAUUGAUCUUUCACAAAUUCCCUGCAAUGGAAAAGCGGCUGAUAGAAUAUAUUCUGACGGAAUACAUAUCUUAGUCAAUAUGAAUGGAUAUACCAAAGGGGCGAGAAAUGAAAUUUUCGCAUUAAAACCAGCGCCAAUUCAAGUAAUGUGGCUAGGUUAUCCAGGAACCAGCGGUGCAAGUUUUAUGGAUUAUUUAGUAACAGAUGUAGUUACAUCUCCUGUUGAAUUGGCUAGUCAAUAUAGUGAAAAGUUAGCAUAUAUGCCUUAUACAUAUUUUGUUGGUGAUCAUAAACAGAUGUUUCCCCACCUUAAAGAAAGACUAAUUGUUAGCGACAAAAAUAGUAGUAUAAAUUCAAAUUUGCCUGAUAAUGUUGCAAUUAUUAAUGCAACCGAUUUAUCUCCGUUAGUAGAAAGUACAGAUGUCAAGGAAAUUAAAGAAGUAGUAAAAGCAGCUAAACUAGUUGAAAUAAGUUUAAAAGUGGCUGAACUCCCAACUACAACCCCAAUAGAAAAUAUGAUAGCCUCAGGACAAGUACAAACUUCGUUGAAUGGUGUGGUGGUUCAGAACGGCCUUGCCACUACACAAACUAACAAUAAAGCAGCGACAGGCGAAGAAGUACCUCAAAAUAUCGUGAUUACAACGAGACAACAGUAUGGCCUUCCCGAUGAUGCUGUUGUGUAUUGCAAUUUUAAUCAGUUAUAUAAAAUUGAUCCAAUGACAUUACAUAUGUGGGUGAACAUAUUAAAAGCUGUACCGAAUUCUGUUCUCUGGUUAUUACGAUUUCCGGCAGUGGGAGAACCUAAUCUACAGGCUACAGCUCAACAACUAGGGCUUCCUCCAGGUAAAAUAUUAUUUAGCAACGUUGCUGCGAAAGAAGAACACGUCAGACGAGGACAGUUGGCUGAUGUAUGUCUUGAUACUCCUCUGUGUAAUGGUCACACAACCAGCAUGGAUGUUCUGUGGACAGGCACUCCUGUUGUAACGUUACCAGGAGAAACCUUGGCUUCACGUGUUGCCGCAAGUCAGUUAGCUACACUGGGGUGUCCAGAACUUAUAGCUCGUACUAGGCAGGAAUAUCAAGAAAUAGCUAUUAAAUUAGGAACAGACAAGGAAUAUUUAAAAGGAAUGCGACAUAAGGUCUGGGCAGCUAGAACUACAUCUCCACUAUUUGACUGCAAACAGUAUGCACAGGGUUUGGAAUUACUUUAUUCAAAAAUGUGGGAACGUUUUGCAGCAGGUCUUAAACCAGAUCACAUCACUGAUACGACUGCAAAAAAAUAGACUUUCGUAUUUUUUUGUGACCGAUUUAUUACACGUUGCUCAUGUGGUUUUUAAAUUGACGGUUAGCUUAUUUGUAGAGUUUUAUUUUAGUAGAAGUUGGACGAAAGUUUAGGAGACUUAGAUGUACCAUGAUUUUGUAUGCGACGCAGACUAUGAAAUGACAUUUCUUAAUUGUACUAUAUUGGAGCAAGUUCUGUUGCUAGAUGUUUUACUAUCUAAUAAGAAGAAGAGAAUAUACUUUUCUGUAUUUUUUCUUAAAA